CAUGGGUGUGCAUGGUGUGGUCACUGCAUCUGGAACAUGUACCUGGGUAUGGGGGUUCCUCCAUGCACUGCCAUGAGCCAGCCUCUGUAAGGUGCCAGACUAGGAGACAGUGGGGCAAGAGAGUCCGUGUUUCCGAGAUGGGGCAAAAGUUCACACUUAAGGGGAAUGAAGCAAGUAGGAAGGAAGGGGUGUGUUGGAAGUGGCAACAGGAGCCUUGGGUAAGAGGUGGCCUUUCCUCCCCCUUCCAAGGCCUGUGGAGUCGACUUUGAGAUUCGUGCCUUCUAGCCCAAAUCUCUAGAAGAAAAAAGCCACAAAAGGAACUCGGUGCGACUUAUCAUCAGAAAGGUACAGUUUGCUCCAGAGAUCCCAUGCCCCCAGCCCUCAGCAGAAACCACACGCCACUUCCUCAUGUCUGACCGGAGGUCCCUGCACCUAGAGGCUUCCCUGGACAAAGAGGAGAGGUGUAAAAGAGUGACAGAGAUGCCACAAAGCAGGCCAGAGCCUGGGGGAGGGGUGAAGCGACAGGCAGGAUGGUGGUUUGGGAUUUUUUUUUUAAAGGUGGUUGCCUCACUUGGGUGGAGGUGCUAUGGACUGGGGUUGGAGGUGGGGCAGAGCAGCCUCUAUCAGAGAGGUACCCAAGUUGGAGCCACUGAAGCAAGUGCAAACUGUGUCAUCCCCUCCCUUCAAAAGCUGUAUUUCUUAGGGGAGCCACUCAAUGUCAACGUCCAUGUCACCAACAACUCGGCCAAGACCGUCAAGAAGAUUAGAGUCUCUGUGAGACAGUAUGCCGACAUUUGCCUCUUCAGCACCGCGCAGUACAAGUGUCCUGUGGCUCAGCUUGAGCAAGAUGACCAGGUAUCUCCCAGUUCCACGUUCUGCAAGGUGUACACCAUAACCCCACUGCUCAGUGACAACCGGGAGAAGCGUGGCCUUGCCCUGGACGGGCAGCUCAAGCAUGAAGACACCAACCUGGCUUCUAGCACCAUUGUGAAAGAGGGAGCCAACAAGGAGGUUCUGGGAAUCCUGGUAUCCUACAGGGUCAAGGUGAAGCUGGUGGUGUCUCGAGGCGGGGAUGUCUCCGUGGAGCUACCGUUCGUUCUCAUGCACCCCAAGCCUCAUGACCAUAUCACCCUUCCCAGACCCCAGUCAGUCCCCCAGGAAACAGAUGUCCCUGUGGAUACCAACCUCAUCGAAUUCGAUACCAACUACGCCACAGAUGACGACAUUGUGUUUGAGGACUUUGCCCGGCUUCGGCUGAAGGGGAUGAAGGAUGACGACUGUGACGACCAAUUCUGCUAGGAAAAGGGGCUGGGAGAGCUCUGCUGCCCUAGCCCUGCUCCCUAGGGAGGCAUGCUGUGGGCACACCUAAAGUUUUGGGAAGGGGACACUGAAAGUGAGGAGCGACUGUAGAGAAAAGGAGUAGAAAGAACUCCCACACUUGGCCUCAUACCAACCUGCC